UGGGACAUCCUGGAAGCUCUCCUGUUCCCAAUCCUUGCCAUACUAUGGGGUCUUCAGUGGCCUCUCCCCGACGAGGGAUUCAUCAUCAUCUUCCUGGUAUUGCUUCUCUGGGAGAGCCAGUGGGGCCACCUGGAAUUGAUGAUGAAGAAAGAAAAAAACAAUGAUGUGUCUCCUUGCUGACCUACCUCAGAUCGCCUAGAAUAGAACAAGAGCCAUGGGCCAAGACCCCCUUCUCAUGAUGAGAAGAUCGAGGGCAAAGAAGGGACAAGCACAGCAAGGAAGGGUUGGGAGCCGGGAGAAGGGAACGAAACGUGAUCCCAAUUCCCAGCUGGAGGAUACACCGGAUGAAGUGUGGAAGAUGUUGGAGAUUUGCGACCAAAAUCUAAAAGAUAUUCUGCAUCUCCUAAAAAGGUGUGACAUGGACACAGUCUCUGAGGAAUCGGAUUGCACCAUCUGCUGGUGCCUCAAUCAAAAAGCCCAGGGUGUGUUAAUGGAGGACAGCAAUUCCUGCUCCACACAGUCACCGCUCCUUGCUGGCAAGAAGAUAGUGACUCUCCCCAGUCCAUCUUUACAUGGAGGCCUGGAAUCAGGAACUCACCUUCCCUGGAAGACCGGCUCAAACCUCACCUCAAACAAAGGGGUCCGUGAUACAGGGGCCCUACCUCUGCAAAAGAACAAAGGGCCUCAACUACCUCAGCUGGAGGAGAAGUUUCAACAGCUGCAGGAGCCAGGCUUCCCACUCUCGGGUCCAGCGGAGUCAGCGGACCCACCAGAGAAAGUCCUCCGGGUCGUGGAGCCGACACCGUCUGAGAGUUGGAUCGAUCUUGAGGCUUCGCCUUCCAAGAUCUUUCACCCCUAUUGGGCCCCUCCCCUCAUCCCCAAUAGCCACGGCGUCCCGGGGCCCCUGCACAGAGGAGCACUCGGGUCAAACCACUGCCACAUGCCCAGUUCUCUAGAAGAGAGGAGGGAGAGAGUUGGUGCCAACAUUCCCGGAUGGGGAUUACCCGAGAGCCCUAGUCUUGAGGGCCAGAAGAAGUUCGAGCCCAAGACGGGAGAGCGGGUGGCCCUCAAACCCGAUGCAGAGGCCCGUUCUCUUGGCAAAGAGAGCUCUGGGCAUUCUGUGGUGCUUCCACCCACUGGGAACUCGGGCCACAGGCUGUCGGUCGACACGGACCACGUCCCCAGGGUCUUCGGACCCGACGUCGGCCACACCCCGAGGCUCCUGGAUGGGCGAGAGAAGGCCCCGGAGGAACGGGUGGCCCAACGGCCCCCACCACACAGGAACGGGGUGAUCAUCUCCCUGGUGUACAGUGGGAGGGACACCGGGGCCACCUGCCAACAGGCUCUUCCUCCAAAACUGGGCCCCCAACCUCUCUCCAUCACCAGACAUCCGGCCCCUGCCUUGCCAAAGUCCUUGCCUCCACGUGCUUUUGAAGCAAGACCCCAGAAGGUGUGGAGGGUCAUUAAGGAGCAUGACCUGGAAGGCCCAGUCAUCCCCGGAGUUGAGCUGGAGCUCCAGACCACGGGAGCCCCGGGAAAAACUCACCAAUCUAGGUUGGCCUGUCGGAGGAGUCCCUGAAGGCCCUGGAAUCGGCCUUAAUGCUGAAGCACACGACUUUCCUCUCCGGUCUCCCUUUAAUAUGUCACCUGAGUACACCCGGCCUAGCAUCUCCAACGGGGCCGACCCAGCCUACUGAGAGAACGGAGGGCCGGCCGGCCCUGAUCAUUGCCACUGAUCGGGCUCAGGGGUAGAUGCCUGGAGAGCCUACCCCAACGGCAAAUGAUCCUGAGAAAUCACUGGCCGGCCACCAUUCCCAGGAAUCCCAGGACCGGGGCAGACCUGGAAGAAAAAGCACUGGGGCCCCGGGCCCAGAGAGUGAGGGGCCAGAUGGAUCGGAUUUCCACCCUGUUAAUUCAUUGCUACCUCUUCACAGGCCUGAAGGCCCUGCCGCGAACCCUACAGCAGUCCAGAGAGAGCAGAUGGACACCAGCCAAGGCCAGAGCAGGCCGCUCGUACCUACCAUGGCAGCAAAGGCCCCGGCCCCUACCGAGUCCCAUGGCCUUAGAGCUUCGAAUCCGGGCCCAACAUGGACCAGCAAAGGCAUACAGAUGACACCGAAGGCUGUGCCCAGGAGGUUACAGAUGUGGAUCAGGUCCAUUGCCAAACAUCGGGCAUUGGAAUUAGGCUCCAGGGGUCUGCUGAGAGAUGCCUGCGGGAGAGGGAAGAAGCAGAACUCUGCCUGGCUGGGGAACACUAAACCGUUUUUCCCCGAGGGUCUCUCACGCCUGUGUGUGGGCUUCUCCACCCUGCUGAGCCGCGGCCCUCACCCCUCUCCACUUCAGAAUCGUCCUAAGGACAUCUUCCCGGGCCCUGGGCCGAAUAGGCCCAAGGCCCCCUAAAGUGCAGAACCCUGACCUGCAGAUGGAUCAGAGCACUGUUUGUGCUCGGGGGAAUCAGUCAAUUCCUUCCGUAGUACAGCAUCUGAUGUCAUUCAGCAUCUCAGUCUAUUAAA